CUGUUUUUUUUUCAGUUAAUUACUAUUGGCUUUUUCAGUGGUUCAGCGACUGUUAACAGUGUUCAGAAGGUAAAACUGUCUUGUGAUCGAGGUGUUAUUCGAUGGAUACAGCCAUCUGGAGCUGCUCAAAUUAGCAUUGCUCCACGAAAUGGUAAACCAAUUACGAUAUGUUUUAAGGUCAAUCACUUGGUGGAAGAAACAGUAUCUAUUCGUCUAAUCAAUUUGACUCCACUAUGGUCUCAUGAAAUUGCCAGUAAAAGUAUUGAAUGCUUCGAUUCUGUUAGUUCUUUACAACUGAUACUGGAAGCAAAAAAUAGUGAAAAAUGGACAAAACCAAUAAUUGUUCAAAUCUCUUAUGAAGUUCCAAUUUUUGGCAUCAAAUUAAAAAAUGAACCGCAGUAUUGCAAUCAAUGCAACGUAAAAGAAAUUGGUGAUGCCUUUUGUAGGGCUGAUUUUGGAUGUACUUUGCUGAAUGACAAUGGAGAAAGUCGAAUAAUUAUUGCCCAGACACUGCUUGGAAGUACAUCGGUGGUUUGUGCUCCAACAAUUUCCGAAUUUAAUAGCGCUGCCAGCAAACUUGGAGCUGCAGCUCAUUGUCUGUGGCAAAUGGACAGUAUUCAACAGAAUGACCAACGAGAAAUCUUCUCAAAUAAAAAGAUUACAGUGUACUUGCUUGAGAAGAAAGCUGAAGAAGACCGUUUGAGUUUUGUAGUUUGGGAAAACUGCCGAUAUGCAGACAUGACAAGAAUUCUUGUCUUCCUCAAAACUAUUGUAACUCCACCACUUUAUGCUGUCUUUUUGAAAUUGGAGUUUGAUGAGAUGUUUCUGAUUGUCGAAGAAUCUAUUGUGUUUUAA